CCUCAGACUCACCAAGAUUUCCAGGCUCUGUCUGUUGAGAGCAAGGCCUGAAUCACCAAGCCUGCCAGCAUUAAAUUUUUUUUUGUCUCAUCCUUCCGAACCUUCUUGGAGUUUACCCUCAGGCUAACCACAGCUCAGUGGAGCGCUUCCUGCUGCUGGGUUUCACAGACUGGCCCUCGCUGGAACCUGUCCUCUUCGCGCUGGUCCUACUCUGCUACCUACUGACGCUGACCGGCAACGCAGCGUUGGUGCUGCUGGCCAUUCGCGACCCGCGUCUGCACACACCCAUGUACUACUUCCUUUGCCACUUGGCCUUGGUGGAUGUGGGCUUCACCACCAGUGUGGUGCCGCCGCUGUUGGUCAGCCUGUGCGGCCCGGUGCUGCAGCUACCGCGCGGCGGGUGCAUGGCGCAGCUGUGUGCAUCUCUAGCCCUGGGCUCCGCCGAGUGCGUGCUGCUGGCCGUUAUGGCGCUGGAUCGCGCUGCUGCCGUAUGCCGCCCGCUGCGCUACACCGCCCUCGCCUCACCGCGCUUGUGCCGCGCACUGGCCAGCGCCUCCUGGCUUGGUGGCCUGGCCAACUCCGCAGCGCAGACUGCCCUGCUGGCCGCGCGCCCGCUCUGUGCGGCCCGCCGUCUGGACCACUUCAUCUGCGAACUGCCCGCCCUGCUGCAGCUAGCCUGCCGUGGCGGCCGCAGCGCCACCGAGCGCCAGAUGUUCGCCGCGCGGGUGGUCAUCCUGUUGGUGCCUUCUGCGGUCAUCCUGGCCUCCUACACCGCCGUGGGCCGCGCGGUCUGGGGUAUGCGCUCCCGCGCGGGCCGGCGGAAAGCAGCGAGCACAUGUGGCUCUCACUUGACCGCCGUCUGCCUAUUCUACGGCUCCGCCACCUACACCUACCUGCAACCUACACAUAGUUACAACCAGGGCCGCGGCAAGUUCGUCUCGCUCUUCUAUACGGUAGUCACACCCGCGCUAAAUCCCCUCAUCUACACACUGCGCAACAAAGAAGUCAAGGGGGCCGCGCUGAGGUUCUUGGGAAGUCUGGGGAGGCUGCAGGUCCGGCACUGAGAGGACUAAGAAAGGCGGCAGGGUCCCGGAACUAGGAUGCCCAUAUUGUUUGCCUUUGCAUGAGAAUCUGCAAAUUUUGUCCUCGAGGAGUCUAGGGUUAGUAAGAGAUCUCUUUCUCUUACCGGCUAAGGGUUGGAUUCUUGAGGGGAAAUCCCUGAAAUACAUAAACACACAUACAUAGUGAUGGGGUAAAUGGAUCCUAAGCCUUUCUACAGAAGCGAAGCAUGAUGAAGGAAGGGGCCAUCCUCAGCCUCGAGAGACUUUGUAACCACCCCGGAAGAAUUCACAUGGAGAUAAGAUGAUGAACACCCUGGUGCUGACCUUCAGUUUUCCUCAGGCUUACAAAAGACCAUGAGAAAUCCCAUGGCCUCAGCCAUCAGGUGGAGUCCCUCGAGUUAACAAGAAGGCCAGGUGAUAUACC